GCCUUCCUUCCCCCUCAGUGGCUGCCUCGGCCGGAGGCGACGGUGGCGUCGAAUUGCUCCCCGCGGCGGCCACCGCCGCCUCCCCCCGCCGCUCUCCGCGGAGAGAGCUCGGGCCGCCUAUGGCGGGUGUUGGGCUCUGAGGGCGAACGCGGGAGGAAGUUCGCUCUUGCCCCCGGCAUGACGGGGCGGCGGGGCGGAGCGGCGGCUGGUCCCCUGGGGGAAGCGCUGCCGCCGCCGCCGCCGUUGCUGUUAUCCCCGUGCUGCGCCGGGGGGGCGUCUUCGUCGUCGUCGGAGCCGGCCCGGGAGCUCUUCGAAUCCUGCCGGAACGGCGACGUGGAGCGCGUGAAGCGGCUGGUGAGGCCCGAGAACGUGAACAGCAGGGACACGGCCGGCAGGAAGUCCAGCCCCCUCCAUUUCGCCGCAGGUUUUGGUCGAAGGGAUGUAGUGGAAUAUUUGCUUCAGAGUGGUGGUAACGUUCAUGCACGAGAUGAUGGGGGCCUCAUUCCACUUCAUAAUGCCUGUUCUUUUGGUCAUGCUGAAGUUGUCAAUCUUCUCUUGCGGCAUGGUGCAGAUCCUAACGCACGGGAUAAUUGGAACUACACCCCCCUUCAUGAAGCUGCCAUUAAGGGCAAAAUUGAUGUCUGCAUAGUACUGUUACAGCAUGGUGCUGAUCCAGCUAUCCGAAAUACAGAUGGAAGAACAGCAUUGGACUUGGCGGAUCCAUCAGCAAAAGCAGUGCUCUCAGGUGAAUACAAGAAAGAUGAACUCUUGGAAAGUGCCAGGAGUGGAAAUGAAGAAAAACUGAUGGCUCUUCUCACACCACUAAAUGUCAACUGUCAUGCAAGUGAUGGCCGAAAGUCAACUCCAUUACACUUGGCAGCUGGCUAUAACCGUGUUAAGAUUGUGCAGCUCCUGCUGCAGCAUGGAGCAGACGUACAUGCCAAGGAUAAAGGAGAUCUUGUUCCUCUUCACAAUGCUUGCUCCUAUGGACAUUACGAAGUAACAGAACUUCUAGUAAAGCAUGGAGCAAGUGUGAAUGCAAUGGAUCUGUGGCAGUUUACUCCUCUGCAUGAAGCAGCUUCUAAGAACAGAGUGGAAGUGUGUUCUCUCUUGCUGAGCUAUGGUGCUGACCCUACACUGUUAAAUUGCCAUAAUAAAAGUACAAUCGACUUGGCCCCAACACCUCAGUUAAAAGAACGAUUGGCAUAUGAAUUCAAAGGUCACUCACUGCUACAUGCUGCAAGGGAAUCUGAUGCAGCUCGUGUAAAAAAGCACCUUUCUCUUGAGACUGUAAAUUUCAAACAUCCCCAGACUCACGAAACUGCCUUGCACUGUGCUGCUGCAUCUCCAUAUCCUAAAAGAAAACAAAUCUGUGAACUGCUUUUAAGAAAAGGAGCCAACAUCAAUGAAAAGACAAAAGACUUCCUGACACCUCUCCAUGUGGCAGCAGAAAAAGGUCAUAAUGAUGUUGUUGAAAUAGCCCUGAAACAUGAAGCAAAGGUCAAUGCUUUGGAUAACCUUGGGCAGACAUCUCUGCAUAGAGCAGCACACUGUGGUCAUCUGCAGACCUGCCGCCUGUUGUUGAGCUCUGGGUGUGAUCCAUCAAUUGUGUCACUGCAGGGUUUCACAGCCUCUCAGAUGGGAAAUGAGAGUGUUCAGCAAUUAUUACAAGAUUCUUCUCCACCUGAGGAACAUGCUGAAGGAACUUCAAAACAGAAAAAAUGUCAUGGGCAAUUAAUGGUGGCCUGUUUUCUUAGAAUAGAAGGUGUCCCUUUAGGUAACUCAGAAGCAGAUCGGCAAUUGUUGGAAGCUGCAAAGGCAGGUGAUGUGGACACAGUAAAAAAGUUAUGUACGGUACAGAGCGUGAAUUGCCGGGAUAUUGAAGGCCGCCAGUCCACUCCACUUCACUUUGCAGCAGGAUACAACAGAGUAUCAGUGGUUGAGUAUCUUCUGCAGCAUGGUGCUGAUGUUCAUGCAAAAGACAAAGGAGGCCUUGUCCCUUUGCACAAUGCUUGUUCUUACGGACACUAUGAAGUGGCUGAACUGCUGGUUAAACAUGGUGCAGUUGUCAAUGUAGCUGAUUUGUGGAAGUUUACUCCUUUACAUGAAGCUGCUGCAAAAGGGAAAUAUGAGAUUUGUAAGCUUCUGCUACAGCAUGGGGCUGACCCCACAAAGAAAAACAGAGAUGGAAACACACCAUUAGACCUUGUUAAAGAUGGUGACACAGAUAUUCAGGAUCUCCUUAGAGGAGAUGCAGCUUUGCUAGAUGCUGCGAAAAAGGGCUGCUUGGCUCGGGUGAAGAAAUUGUGCUCCCCUGAUAAUGUAAAUUGCCGUGAUACACAAGGCCGACACUCCACUCCACUCCACUUGGCAGCUGGUUACAACAAUUUGGAGGUUGCAGAAUAUCUGUUACAGCAUGGAGCUGAUGUAAAUGCACAAGAUAAAGGGGGUCUAAUUCCUCUACACAAUGCAGCAUCCUAUGGGCAUGUAGAUGUAGCAGCUUUACUUAUAAAGUAUAAUGCGUGUGUAAAUGCUACGGACAAAUGGGCUUUCACACCUUUGCAUGAAGCAGCCCAGAAAGGAAGGACACAGCUUUGUGCCUUAUUGUUGGCACAUGGAGCUGAUCCUACUCUGAAAAACCAGGAAGGACAAACGCCUUUAGACCUAGUCACCGCAGAUGAUGUUAGUGCAUUAUUGGCAGCUGCCAUGCCACCUUCCGCCUUGCCAUCUUGUUACAAACCUCAGGUUAUAAAUGUAUCUCAAAACACGGCAUCUUCAGCAGAUUCACUUUCUUCUGUUCCAUCCAGCCCUUCUAAUCUGUCCGCUGCCAGUAGCCUUGACAACUUGUCUGGUAGCUUUUCUGAACUUUCAGUUGUUAGUACAAGUAGUGCUGAUGGGGCCACUGGUUUGGAGAAGAAGGAAGUUUCAGGUGUUGAUUUUAGCAUAAAUCAAUUUGUGAGAAAUCUUGGACUUGAACAUCUAAUUGACGUAUUUGAGAGAGAGCAGAUAACAUUAGAUGUACUGGUUGAAAUGGGGCACAAAGAAUUAAAGGAAAUUGGUAUUAACGCUUACGGGCACAGACACAAAAUAAUUAAGGGAGUUGAAAGACUAAUCUCGGGACAACAAGGUCUUAACCCCUACCUAGCUUUGAAUACUUCAGGUAGUGGAACAAUACUCAUAGACCUAUCCCCUGAUGAUAAAGAGUUUCAAUCAGUGGAAGAAGAGAUGCAGAGCACUGUUCGAGAGCACAGAGAUGGUGGACAUGCUGGCGGGGUUUUCAACAGAUACAACAUCCUAAAGAUACAAAAAGUAUGUAACAAAAAGCUCUGGGAAAGAUACACUCACAGGAGGAAAGAAGUUUCUGAAGAGAACCAUAAUCAUGCUAAUGAAAGGAUGUUGUUCCAUGGCUCCCCUUUUGUGAAUGCAAUUAUUCAUAAAGGUUUUGACGAGAGGCAUGCAUACAUAGGCGGAAUGUUUGGAGCAGGAAUUUAUUUUGCUGAAAAUUCCUCCAAAAGCAACCAGUAUGUGUAUGGUAUUGGUGGUGGCACGGGUUGCCCAAUUCACAAAGACAGAUCUUGUUAUGUCUGCCAUAGGCAGUUGCUGUUUUGUCGUGUUACAUUGGGCAAGUCUUUUCUACAGUUCAGUGCAAUGAAAAUGGCUCAUUCUCCUCCAGGACACCAUUCAGUUACUGGGCGGCCUAGUGUAAAUGGACUAGCUUUAGCAGAAUAUGUCAUUUACAGAGGAGAGCAGGCCUAUCCAGAAUAUUUGAUUACGUACCAGAUUAUGAAACCUGAAACUGCCACAGAAACUUGAAACCCCAGAUGUUUUGCAGAGAUCAAAAUGAAGAGUACACUGAAUUGCUGAAAAAAUGUAUCCUACCCCCACACCAUUCUGGUGGAAAAUGUGAAUAAAAUCUAACAUUUUGACUUAGUAAAGCUUUAAUAAAUAUAUAGUAAGUUUUCUAAAAUUUCAGAAACUUCCUUUUUUCAGCACUUUAACAGAUCUCAUUCCAGGUGAUACUGGGUUUGUCUGUACUAAAUUAUAAAACAUUAACUUGAACUUUGUUUUCUAUAUGCUGUUACAGUGAAAUAUUAACAAAUUGUAUUGCUAUAUAGGAACUCAUUUUACGAAUACUGUGUUCUUUAAAACACUACAUUUACACUGAGUAAAAUUGUAUUUGUAAAACCUGUAAAUAAGAGCUUUUCUACUAGCCUGGUAUUUAUUUACAUUGGUUUUGUAAUAUAAAGUGUUUCACAGCCACAACAUAUGCAAAUAUUUCUCUCUCCCCCACCCAAAUGUUACAUUACUCAUCUGCAUUUCACUAUCCAUGAGAUUUGGGAACCCCAUGUAAUUUGCCAAUCAAAUAGAAACAUACACAUGAUUUUAGCUAAGUAAGCAGAGUUUAGUAGAGGAAAUGCCCCAGCAGUCAAGUCAUAUAUGCAUUCCUGAGAAACAGAACAUUCCAAUUCCUCUAUAGAUUCUAUUGAAGGAGGUAAAUAAACUUUAUACACAUGGUGCAGUUAAACCUUUGGGCACCCAUUUCAUACAAAUACAAUAUAUUUUGUAAUGAGCCUAUCUUUAUCUCCCUAUACCUCUAGCAGUACAAAGCUAAGCCUAGAAAUGCGAUGAGAUCAAAUUUCCUUUUGCAUGCAGGACUCCGUGAGUGAAGUCUGCUGUCUAUAGUUUAGCUAACCAACUUCCUGUAAGACUUGUUCUGCUUAUUGUAGACGUUAGCUGGGUUUCCCCAUGAAAGUCACUGGAGGCAAAAGGCAGAAAAGGAAGUACUCACACCACCUCAAGGCACUGCCAACUUUUUCACACCCUCUCCUAACAUCUGUUUUCCUUAUUUCAGUUCCAUCUAGGAUUACCCAUUUGUUUCAAAAUCUCUUAGUAAAUGUAUAUAAUCCCACAUUUCAUUUGUCCACUUAUUUAAUUAAGCAUUUCAACGGGAGUUCUUCAACAUUAUGACCCAUAAUGUAAUUUAAUUGAGGAUCAUUAUCACAUUAGGGUUUAAGAGAGAUUGCCAAGACUGCUUGGACUGUCUGAUUCAUAUGGGGACUUGAGACUUGAGUCCGAAACAAUUGCAUUGCACAUGAAGUCAGUGCAUGGAUAAUUAUAAAAUCAUGUGGGAAAUAUAGUAAAUAUCACUUAUAUGUGAUUGCUCCUGCAAGCAAUACAAAGAAUAUAAAGGGGUCUUGAUUUGUAUGGUACUAUAUCACUGCAUGUUUUCCACUCGCUAGCUUAAUUAAAUGCUGGAUCGAGUGUUCAUGCAAAAUCUGCUAACUAUCAUUUAAGCACUGAGAUAAUUCAUUUCAUUGCUGAAAAUACUUCAUUCUUUGUGAAUGAUUAUUUAAUGUGAUGUAAAUUAUUGUGGUAUGGGUAGCAUUUUAAAUGGUACCAUAAGAUUGGUUAGAAUGGUUAUUGGGGUUUUUUGUUUUUAAUUUUGCAUGACAUACCUUGCUUUUUCUGAAGUAAUGGUUUUGCUUGUGUUGACUUGAGGUGAAAUUCCAGCCUCCUGUGCAAUUAAUGCUUUACUCAUCUUGAAGUGUCUUACCUGUAUUGUACGACAUUCCAUUCCAUUCAACCCCAAAUAAACUUCAUUCACAAA